CAGCGCUCACGCCUUCCUGUUAGUCCGAGCAGGGAGAAGUUCACUCCGAUCAGCUGAUCCUAACUGACAACAGGAGAGGAGGAAGCCCGGGAGACAGCGAAGGAGGAGGGGGGGCGGAGAUGAAGAUGAGGAUGGAUCCACCGGUGCCCUGAAGAACAGCCCCCGCCUCCACCGGCGCGCAGUGGUUCCCGGACGCCGCCUCGCCGCGACAGAACUGCUUAGUGGUGGGGUUCCCGGGCCGCCGCGGUCGGGGAGGGAAGGGCACGGCCCUGCGCCGGGCGAGAGGUAUCCCCAGAAAUAUUGACUUGAGGUUGGAUAAUAUUGAAAAGCUCCUGACCACGCUUUCAUUACCAAAACCUUGCGGCUGAGGCCCCACCCAUGAGCCCACCUCAGUAAAUCCAUCAGAUCUCUCUCAGAUAGCCAUAAAAGACCCUUUCAAGUUGAUUUUGACCACAUAUUUGCCUGCACUUUAUGGAGGAUGAAACUAUCAAACCAAAUCAACGUUGCUGCUGAUUCAAGAGUCUUAGAGGCAGAAAAUUAAACAUUGGAACAUUUGUGAGUGUGUGGAGAAUUCUAAUAGGACAUUAAUUGUUUUUUUUAAAAAAAACCAAAACACUUUUUUUAGAGUAUUCAGAACCCUGUGGAAGUUGUGUGCAGUCUUCAGACUGGACACCUCUGUCUUCACUUCCCCUGGGGAAAGCCCAGUUACUGUUACACGGUAGGUGGUUUCCUUCCAGUCUGAAUAUGAGUGCCCAGACUUCCCCAGCAGAGAAGGGCCUGAACCCGGGGCUGCUGUGCCAGGAGAGUUACACCUGCAGCGGGUCUGAUGAAGCUGUCUUCGAGUGUGAUGAGUGUUGCAGCUUGCAGUGUCUCCGUUGUGAGGAGGAACUCCAUCGGCAGGAGCGCCUGAGAAACCAUGAGCGGAUCAGACUCAAAGCUGGCCAUGUCCCUUACUGUGACCCCUGCAAGGGCCCCAAUGGGCACUCUCCAGGUGUGAAGCAGAGGGCAGUGGUGAGGUGCCAGACCUGUAAAAUCAACUUGUGCCUGGAGUGCCAGAAGAGGACUCAUUCUGGGGGUAACAAAAGGAGGCACCCCGUCACUGUGUACCAUGUCACUAAGGUCCAGGAAUUGCUGGAAGAAGAAGGGAUGGAUGAGGAGACCAAGAGGAAGAAGAUGACUGAGAAGGUUGUGAGUUUCCUCCUGGUAGAUGAAAAUGAAGAAAUUCAGGUAACGAAUGAAGAGGACUUCAUUAGGAAAUUGGACUGCAAACCUGAUCAGCAUCUGAAAGUGGUUUCCAUUUUUGGAAACACUGGGGAUGGGAAGUCUCAUACCCUCAACCACACUUUCUUCUAUGGCCGAGAAGUCUUCAAAACCUCCCCUGCCCAGGAGUCCUGCACUGUGGGAGUGUGGGCAGCAUAUGACCCAGUCCACAAAGUGGCCGUGAUAGACACGGAAGGGCUCUUGGGGGCUACAGUGAAUCUAAGCCAGAGGACACGGCUGCUGCUUAAGGUCCUGGCCAUCUCAGACCUCGUCAUCUAUCGAACUCAUGCAGACCGACUGCACAAUGACCUCUUCAAGUUCCUUGGGGAUGCCUCAGAAGCUUAUUUGAAACAUUUCACUAAGGAGCUCAAGGCUACCACUGCCCGCUGUGGCCUGGACGUCCCCUUGUCCACCCUGGGCCCUGCUGUUAUCAUUUUCCAUGAGACUGUGCACACCCAGCUGCUGGGCUCUGAUCACCCCUCCGAGGUGCCGGAGAAGCUCAUCCAGGACCGGUUCCGGAAGCUGGGCCGCUUCCCGGAAGCCUUCAGUUCCAUUCACUACAAGGGGACGAGGACCUACAACCCUCCCACUGACUUUUCUGGGCUUCGGCGUGCUCUGGAGCAGCAACUGGAGAACAACACCACCCGUUCUCCCCGGCACCCUGGCGUCAUCUUCAAGGCCCUGAAGGCUCUGAGUGACCGCUUCAGUGGUGAGAUCCCCGAUGAUCAGAUGGCGCACAGCUCCUUUUUUCCAGACGAGUACUUCACCUGCUCCUCCCUGUGUCUCAGCUGCGGGGCUGGAUGUAAGAACAGCAUGAAUCACGGGAAAGAAGGGGUACCUCAUGAAGCCAAGAGCCGCUGCAGAUAUUCCCACCAGUAUGACAACCGGGUUUUCACCUGCAAGGCCUGCUACGAGAGAGGCAAUGAAGUCAGCGUGGUGCCCAAGACGGCUGCUUCCACUGACUCCCCCUGGAUGGGUCUUGCAAAAUACGCCUGGUCUGGGUACGUGAUCGAAUGUCCCAACUGUGGCGUGGUCUAUCGUAGCCGGCAGUACUGGUUUGGGAACCAAGAUCCUGUGGAUACGGUGGUGCGGACAGAGAUUGUGCACGUGUGGCCUGGAACUGAUGGAUUUCUGAAGGACAACAACAACGCUGCCCAGCGCCUCUUGGACGGGAUGAACUUCAUGGCUCAGUCAGUAUCUGAGCUAAGCCUUGGGCCCACCAAGGCUGUGACGUCCUGGCUGACAGACCAGAUCGCCCCUGCCUAUUGGAGGCCCAACUCCCAGAUCCUGAGCUGCAACAAGUGUGCUACAUCCUUUAAAGAUAACGACACCAAGCAUCACUGCCGGGCCUGUGGGGAGGGCUUCUGUGACAGCUGUUCAUCCAAGACCCGGCCGGUACCCGAGCGGGGCUGGGGCCCUGCACCCGUGCGGGUGUGUGACAACUGCUAUGAAGCCAGGAAUUCCCAGUUAGAUGUCACUGAGGCACAGGGGGACGAUGAAGGCGGGACGCUGAUUGCUCGGAAGGUGGGCGAGGCCGUGCAGAACACUUUAGGAGCCGUGGUGACCGCCAUUGACAUACCACUAGGUCUGGUGAAGGAUGCAGCCAGGCCGGCGUACUGGGUCCCGGACCACGAGAUCCUGCACUGCCAUAGCUGCCGGAAGGAGUUCAGCGUCAAGCUCUCGAAGCACCACUGCCGGGCCUGCGGACAGGGCUUCUGUGACGAGUGUUCCCACGACCGCCGGGCUGUCCCCUCGCGAGGCUGGGACCAUCCUGUCCGAGUCUGCUUUAACUGCAAUAAAAAGCCCGGUGACCUUUAACCCCAGCUCCCUCUCCAAGUCCUUCACAAUUCCUUAGGUUCUCAGGGUUAGAAACGAGGUCGCGUUGAGGUAGGCCCUCCUGCUGGUCACCUGUGGCGGUGUGUGUCCUCUCUCCUCAUCCCGGGGGCCCCUUUCCCGCUGUGGGGUGGCAGGUCGGGGGGUGCAGACAGGGAGCCAGGGCGAGCCGGGCAGUGGGCCUGAAGGCCUGAACCCCCCAGGGUGGGGGGCCCGAGCAGCUUAGAGCAAAGGGGAAUGAACUCGAAUCCACUACAUUUUAUUUCAGUUAAAAAUAAUAAGUACGUAAAUAUAUAUAUACACACACACAUACACACACACACCCCCCCGUAUACACAUACGACAGGAAUGUGGUGCGCGUUCAGGCUGCCGCUGGCUGCGAACACCCGCGCGGCCCGUCCCCAGCAGGAACCCGGGGCAGCGGGCAGCAGGUCUCCCCGUAAAACCGAGCCAGGUCCAAGGCCGCUGCACUGCUAGCCCCCCUCUGCUGCUUCUCGCCGAGCCUCUGAAGCCUUCGUGCCCCUAGGCUGCCAGGGUAGGAGUUUCCCAGACGCCUUCUGCUGGGCGUGGCCUGUGGGGGAGCUCCCUGGGCCCUCCAGAGUCAGAUCCCAGUCCCUGGCCUAGGCCUGUUUCAGAGACCACCCAGCUUCGCGUGCAGGUCACGGACGGGUGGAGGGCGUGGUAGGGUCCUCGGACCCAAGGAGUCCCCAAGCGCAGGUGACGUGAUGGCUGUCAAGCUGCGGGGGGUGGCAGGCACGGAAGGAGACGGGCCUUCCCCAGCACUGUUCCCUGCUUGUCGAUGCUUCCAUUCGCUCUACCACUUGGCUUUCCCUACCCCGCAGUGGAGCAUCUGCCCCAUCCUCCCCUCCCAGCCCCCUCGAGCCCACCAUCUACUGAGUGUUGCACUAGGGUUCUUGCUUAUUUUGAAGUGUCUUAAUCCUUUAUUCCCAGACACACGACCCUUUGAGCGUUGGACGGGUGGUCAUGAGAAAUCUUCCAGGGAAACAGUACAGAAUGGACUGUUAGUGGUUUAUUUCCAAGUAUAUACAAACAUUUCAGCGGAUCAUUAUGAAAAAAUUCUCCAGUCCUGGCGAGAGAAGUCAGAUGAACUUUUUGUUUCUCAAGAGCUGGGACAUCUGUAUUUGUCGUGACUGGAAGGAGACCGUUGUGCUGAAAUCCUGUCAUCAUGGUGGAUUUUAUCGUCAAUGGUGAAAAAGAAUUUGAAGUGACACAGUUCUUGACUGAACUGGGGGGUGGGCCAAGUUCAGGGAGGUACGUGGUGGUCACUCUUGGCGUGUCCCUGUGACGUGAGCCCUGGAAAUGUGUUGGUCCCUCUCAGACCUGCUUCCUUCCCGCCUCCCAUGGCCCAGUGACUGAGGCCUGCUCUAGUACUGUGUAUUAUUAAAUUCGCCGUUAUAAAGGAAUCUUCCUGCGGAA